AUGUUCAUCCAUCGGUUGUUUUGCCCCCAGGAGUGGAAGCAACAGCAGCUGCAAACAGGAGAGGCCGAGGAGAACGCCAACUUCCAACCAAUCGCAGUCGACUGGCGCGAGCGAGUGAAGAAGGCAAGAGGGGCGGGUCAAGCCCAGGCUGACUCGCCGCUUUUGAAUGGCGCUCAUGGUGCUGGUGGUGCUGGUGGUGCUAGCCCUGCUACAGCCGGUGAUGCAGCUGGGGACGAUGAGCAGUCAAGACCGCAGGUCGGCGGAGCAGCAGCAGCAGUGGCAGCGGCAACAGCAGCAGCAGCAGCAGUAGGGGUUGGAGCGAAGAAGAAGCGCAAGGGGCUGGAUCUGAAGGCUCUCUCUGCUGGGCUGCCGGCUGGUUGGCAGGUGAGAUGCGGGGGGGGGGCAGCAGCAGCAGCAGCAGCAGUGGGGGUUGGAGCGAAGAAGAAGCGCAAGGGGCCGGAUCUGAAGGCUCUCUCUGCUGGGCUGCCGGCUGGCUGGCAGGUGGGAUGCGGUACUGGCAGGUGA